AUGCUUGGGCUGUUCGACGCCAAGGAGCGCACGUACCGCGAGAUGGACGCACUCACGCAAGCGGCGGGCUGGAAGAUCACGACCGUCAAGCAGGCACUCAAGCUCGACGCCGCCGUUUUCUCUGCCGCGAACCAGAUCGUGGCCGCGUGCGGGCAGCUUACGGCGACGGUUCACAAACCGUUCUUCCACCUUGUCGAGAUCAUGAACGGCGGAAACAUCACGGCGCUGUUCCACUUCGUGGAGCAGGUCCAUAUCCCGGAGAUCCUUCGAGACGCGGGUCCAGCGGGUCUCAGCACGAAGGACAUUGCAGCGAAGGUGGCAGAGCUGCGUGCGGUGACUCCCGGUGCGAAGGAGGUAGAGAUCGACCCUUCGAAGAUCGGCCACGUCCUACGCGUACUUGCAACAUACCACUGGGUCCGCGAAGUGACGCCCGAUGUGUUCGCCAACAACAGACUCACGUCGUUUAUCGAUUCCGGGAAGACUGUCGAGCAGAUCAAAGCCGCCCCUCAGAAGAAGUACGACGAGACAGAUGGCGUUGCCGCUUUCGUGGGCCAAGCGCUCAUGUCCUAUUUCUCGCAAUGGCUACUCGAAGGCGGCUUGGCGACCAACGCAACGAACGGGCUCCCACUCGCGAUGGCGUACAAUACGCCCCUCAAGUACUACGAGUGGCUCGAGGAGCCCGGGAACGAGUGGCGGUUGACGCGCUUCGGGCAUGCGAUGAACGGCACACGGUACUGGGAGCUCAAGGAGAACGUUAUCCACGGAUUCCCGUGGGACGAGCUUCCGAAAGACUCGGUCGUGGUCGACAUCGGCGGAGGAAUCGGUUCCGUGUCGGUCGUCUUGGCGCAAGCGUACCCGCACCUCAAGUUCGUUGUCGAAGACCGAGCGCCUGUAGUCGCGAUCGCUCGCGAGGCGUGGGGAAAUAAACACGCCGAGCUUUUCGAUUCCGGCCGCGUUACGUUCCAUGCGCAGGACUUCUUCGAGGAACACCAGCCAUUCGAAGUCCCCGGCGUCGGUACCGUCAGCCAGCCCGCAGUCUUCCUUGCCCGUGCGGUCGCGCACAACUGGCCUGACAGAGACGUCAAAGUACUCUUGUCUAUCUUACGGCGCGCAGCGGGGCCGCACACGAAGCUCCUCCUGGUCGAUAAUCUGUUGCCAUACGCAUGCGUCGACGAUAAGGCGGACAUAGGCAGCACCUCGCAAGGCGCGGUGCGUUCGCUUGUCCCGGAGGGCUCGCCGUUGCUGCCUAACCUUGGCAGAGCGAGCGCGAACGGGUACAUCCUCGAUAUCUCUAUGCUCGGCCUAUUCGAUGCAAAGGAACGCACAUACCGAGAGAUGGACGCGCUCACGCAGUCCGCGGGGUGGAAGAUUACGGACGUGAAGCGCGCCGUUGGUUCCCUGUGGGCGUAUACGACUGCCGCGCCGGUGUAA